AGCCCAUUCGUGGCAGCCCCGCUCCCAGCGUGUUGAAUGUGAGCGUCUCUGAAUGUAAAUCGCAUCACGCUGCGCUCACAUUUGGGCUGCGUGCCGCCUGGAGCCACGCUGCUGACAUGACGUGGGUGCUCGAUGCCGCUAAAUGGCACCACUUGAAAUAGCCUACCUGCCUCUGCCGCUCAGACAGACGCUCGCUGAUGCGUGGCUCGGUAGCCUUUCAGCACCGCGGACAGCUGCUCGCCUCGCCCCCCUGCAGGGCACUGGAUUGACUCAUUUGACUGGAAGUGAAGGCAACACCAAAUUAAGUCAUUUUCUGUCCCUUUUGAGUGAUUCUUGGAAAUGGAUUCUUCAGAUCGACCGGCAAACGUGACUUUCUUUGACUUUGUGGGAGGUGUCCAACUCCUCCAGGGGGAGGACAUCAGGACCGCCGUGCCCGUCCUCCUCAUCGGGAUCUGCGUGUCGGGCGCCGUGGGGAAUCUCCUGGUCCUGCUCAUCUUCAUGCAGGACUUCAAGGACGGGAAGGGCUCGGAGGUGAAGGCUCUGCUCGCCUCGUUGGCCUCCACGGACCUCCUCAUUCUGCUCCUGUGCGCCCCCGUGCGCGCCCUCACCACGUACAAGCAGUGGUGGGUGCUGGGGCGCUUCGUGUGCUGCACCACCGACUGGUUCCAGCACUCGUGCGUGGUGGCCAAGACGUUGCUGCUGGCGGUCAGCACCCGCGCCAAGCACACGCUCAAGCCCGCCGCCGCCACCCCCUCCGACGCAGGGGCCACCCUCUGCGCCCCCACAUGGGUCCACGGGGCCAUGGCGUUUGUCUGGAUGGUGUCCAUGAUGUUCCCCAUCCCGCAGAUGCUUUUUGCCACGUUGCAGCCACACGGCCGUGGCAAUAUUUGCAUCUCCGAGAUGCCGGCGUGCGCGUCCCAGUUCAUGGUGCUCUUCUACAAGAUUUACCCGACGGCCACCUUUGUGGUCCCGGUCCUCUUCACUGUGGCGUACUACACCAAAAGCCUCCACAAGGCUCUCAACUAUGCCCCCUGUCCGCGGCAUCAGAGCAAGGUGACCCUGGUUCUUUUGUGCCUGAGCAGCACCCUCGGGCUCAUGCUGCUGCCCGAGUGGGGCGCCUUCACGUGGGUCCGGCUGGGCUACAACAAACCCCCGGUGGGUGUGGUCCUCUUUGCGCAGGUGCUCUUGUACGCCUGCAGCGCCCUCGCCCCGGUGCUGCUCAUGACCAUGUACGACGACGUGCGCCAAGGCCUGGUCGCCAUCUGCUUGGCAGCCGCCUGCCGGGGCUCCAAGGCGGCCGGCGCCUCGCCAAAGACAGAAGGCAAUGGAGCGGAGCUGGGUGCCAACGCCGUCAUCCCCAACGCUGACAAGACCUUCCCGGAUGUGGAGCACUUUUGGACAGGACGCCGGAACACCCACGUGGAGGAGGAACAGGACCCCGUCCCCUGGGAGAGAGAGGAGAAACUGUAAAGUCUUAUUCAUAUCGUUCUCAUCGUGACGAGAAGGGGAUCAAUCCCCCCGCUGUGGCGGUCCACUUGUACAUAGCGCUGAGAAAGUUGUAACCCUAAUCAAGCAAAUGCAGGACAUUAAAGGAUGAGUUUGGAUCAUAAAAGAUGAUCACGUUUAUGGACGAUCAUCAGCCGCAGCACAGAUGAGCCCACCGUAAUCGCAGAUCAAAACGCAAUCACAUCUCCACCUUUGAUUGUCAUACAGAUACGGGAAUCAUGUCUCCCCAUCACAUUCCCUACUAAUCCCAGGAUGGACGCUGCGGGUCACGACCCGGCGAUUACAUGCGAGCAGGCAACUGUAGCUUUAAUCGGCGCUGUCAAUAUCUCAUCUGCUGCGUUUGGCUGCUCUUUCCUUUUCUUCACUUUCUUUCGUUGUGCUUUUGGUUGUCGUGAACGCAUUUAGUGUCCUUCUGUUGUCGCUUCCUGCUGUUGCUGUGGACCGGAAUGUCUUAUUACACAGUCGUCGGCGUACAUUGUAUAUCCUCUUUGGGUGGAAAACAUUUAUUAUUAACACUUUGACGUGUCAUUUGAUGCUUAGACUGUAAUGGUGAUAUAAAUUGUUUGAUAUAUGCUUACUGGUGGUACAUUUUUAGGUCAAUUUCUAUGAUGGCGCAUUUGGUUAUUUGUCACGUAAUAUAUAGACUGUUACAUGAAAGUAUAAUAAAGACCAUUAUACCAG